UAGAAAUUUUGCAGAAAACUGAAAGUUUUUGACUCCCAAGCUUUCGGAAGUAUUGUCGAACUUCUCAGGAUGAAUUGAGGAGAUAGAGAGGCUGCGACAAGACAGCCUUAAAACACAAGGCGUAAAACACAAGACAUAAAACACAAAACGCAUGAAAAAAAUCUAAAAUCCAGCCAUGGGUAAAAAACUAGAUCUGGAAAUGGAGUAUUCUAGGAAGCGGCGACGAGAAAACCAACUUUUGUUCAUCUACAUAUUUGUUGGAUUAUCACUUUUGAUGGCAUGGAAACUUGGAGAAUAUUCUUUCUCGAUCAUCUGGAUUUUUGGAUUAGUUGGUGUUGUUUUCGUAGUAUGGUGGGCGAGAGUGCUUCGCCUUACAGAAGAACAUCUAAAAUUUUAUGAGGUUUUACUACACCGCAAGAAAGCACUCGGGAGGAGUGAAUCGGCUGAAUGGCUGAAUUUUGUUAUAAACCGAUGGUGGGUGUUCAGUUCCCCAACCAUUGCUGAUCUACUGAAGCGUCACUUGGAUCCUGUCCUGUCAAAUGUAAAACCAGCUUUCGUUGACCAGGUCGAGUUAGACAAAUUCAGUCUGGGAGAACAGACCCCUUAUAUCAAAUAUGUGAGAGCUUUCGAGAACGCAGAUGGUAUACCAGAAGGGACGACUCCAGUAUCUUGGCUAGACAUGAUUCAUCCUCCUAAUGGUCUUUCUAUGGUGUCUGACUACCAGAUAGGCCUUGUGAUUGAUAUAGGUGUUCUUUCGGAAGAUUUUGUCAUGGUCUUCAAUACAAGGAUGAGCAAAAAAUUUAUGGGGAUGUCUAUACCUAUAGCUAUAGAGAAGCUCCACUUGGAAGGCCAAUUACAGCUGAUCCUACACAUGUCUAUGGAUACACCCUUCCCACAUAUUAGCAAAGCAUCCAUCUCAUUUUUGGAAAAACCUGACAUCUGGUUUAAUGUGAGGGCGCUGAAAUCCAUUGACCUCAUGGAGGUGCCGAUUUUGAAAUCGUGGAUGCAUAAUCUCGUUAUGGAUAGCAUCACAUCAGCUCUGGUGGAUCCUGGGAAGGUUCAAAUGAAACUGGGAUCAACAGGACCUACAUACAGACCAACAGAUACCAACAAGAAGAAAUUGGGUCAAGGUGCAUUAAAAGUGACAAUACUGAACAAGCCAGUUGAGGGAAAGAAGUUUCUCGAUGAUAUCCACUAUUGCCAACUAAAACUUGGUGAAGAUAAAGAGAACACAAGUUCAGCAGCUGCAGACAGUAGCUGGGCAAGCUCCCAUUGGUUUCUAGUUCGAGAUAGAACUACAGAACAGCUCUGUGUGAAAGUAAAAAGUAAGAGAAUGUUGAGUACGCUGACCCUUGCUCAGUUUGAUUUGCCACUAACUAACUAUCCACUAAGACAACAACAAGUGGUCAAUACGGAUAUAUCCAAAGAGGUAACAACAAUGGAGAACACGGGUCUUGUUAACAUGGAGGUUGCCCUAGAGUAUACUGAAAUGCCACCUAUUGACCUAGAUAAGAUGGUACACAUGGAAGAUGAUGCCAUAACAGAUGAAAAAGUAUCUGGGGUGUUAUAUGUGUGUGUUCAUGGCGCUGCGGGUCUACUAGGGCUAGAUCAAGGUGACACAUCAGACCCAUAUUGCAUCAUCUUCAACAACGGCAAAAAGAUGAAGACCACCCAUUAUGUACCUAGAACCAAGAGUCCUGUGUGGAAUUGCGAGACAGAGUUCUUUGUUGAGGAUGUGUCAAAGACUCUGAUGUCUUUCAUUGUAUAUGACUGGGAUGGAAAGGGAGCAGGAGAUGAUGACUUUCUUGGCUCCGCCUACUUGCCACUUUCAAAGGAAAAUAGUUGUUUCGUGAAGCAUCCAUUGACACUAGGUUACAAUAUGUUGGCUGGAAAGAAAAGUGAAAAGUAUAUGGGUGCCAUUACUGUGUCUGUCAUAUUCCGAUAUGUACCCAGUGGCUCAGAUAUAGCAUUAGAUCAUGGUCUAGAAGCUCCCAGAAUGCCUUCUUUUCGGAGCACAAGUAGCAGCCCAUAUGGAACCUUACCAAAUCAAGGCAUCCUUGAAGUUGGAAUCAUACGAGCACGUAACCUAGUCUCGAUGGACAUGAAUGGGUUCAGUGAUCCCUUUGUAGAAGUUGCGAUUAAUGAUAAAAAGAAGUACACAAGUGCUGUUAAGAAGAAGACAUUAGUUCCUGCAUGGGAUGAAGUUGCAACAUUAACAAUGCCAUCGGAAGGAGAUACCUUGGAAAUUAAAGUAUGGGACAAGGACUUUUUGAUCACAAGAGACUUCAUGGGAAGUGUUAAAUUCACAUAUGCAGAUAUACAGGAGCAAUCUAAGAAGGAUGGCCCACAAUGGCAUACUCUACAAGAAACAAAGAAGGGAGAGAUUCUACUGAGUUUCAAAGUCAUCCAAGAUGAGAUUGAUGCAGCAGGAGAGGAUGCUGUGUUUGCCGAAUUGAAAAAGGCGAUGACUCCACCAACUUCUCGCAAGAGUAUUAACAACAAUAUUGAAGAAGAGACUGAGUCCUGCAAUGGUAGCCCUGUUCUCAAAAAUGUAAACCCCACAUUGAAAGAUAUUGGACGAUCAAAAACAGAGCCCCCUGUUGAUUACGAUAAGAUAUCAUCUCAACCUUCUUCGCCCGAGCACCUCCAAGUUCCGUCACAGAAACUCCCAAGAUCCUCUUCCGAUGCAAACCUUAAAGAGGAUACGCUAAGAAGCAGGUCAUUUUCAGGAAUAAAAAAACGGUUUACAUCUCUUUACAGUAUAAACAGCAACUUCACAGAUGAUCUCAACAGUGAAAAGUACUACCAUGUAUAUGGGAAGGUGAUCCAGGCACGGGGAAUCUACGACACAAUACAGGGAGAGAUUUACUGUAAAGUUAGGCUAGAUAGUAAAGCUAAACGUCGCAAUUACUCCUUCUCUAGCCGAUCUUCCAGCCAACGAAAAAGCUCAAGAUUUUCUCCGGGAAAAGUGCUGGAGAAAUCUGAAAAUAUGCGUGCCGUCCCCAUGCCCAACUUCAACCUAGAGUUUGAGGUUGACCAGGGCAGAGGUGUUUCAACAGAGGCCUUACUGAUUAUAGAUAUUAAGAAUACUCCAAAAGAACAUGUAUCAACAAAGGGUUUCACUUUAAAGUUCUUAUUUGGAGAUGAUGACAAGAAGAAGAUAACUCGCUGGGUUGCUUUGGAAAAUGGAAUAGAGGUCGAACUUUUUCUUUCAAGGGAUGAACCUGCUCCUGACACAUGGAGUGACGCUAAUCCUAAACCAAUAGGAAGCCCUUUCAAAGCAUUUAAACGAUUAUCUCUAGGGCGAUAGUUAAAUGAAGAAUUGUCAAAUGUUUUGAUGUUAUUUAUUUGAGAUCAGAGAACAGACGUGUUGUUUAUUUUCUAAUACACUGCCAUUUUAUUAUGACAUAUGAAUCAGUCCAGCUCUAGAAUUAAGAGAGGUUGACACUAGGGGUCUCUCGAUUUGUUAUCUCUCUCUGUUUUUUAAUCUGAUGACAUAUUUCAAUUAACUGAUUUCCACUUUGAUGAUUUUUAACCAACUUUGAAAUUGAUUUGUACAAGGGUUGUUCAAAAAGU